AUGGAUCCAUUAAAGAGCAUUGUCCAGGAUCAGCACGUUAUUCUGACCUUACCCUCCGGUAAUUCGAAGAUUGUGGAGUUAAAGCCCGAUAGCUCUGUGUCUCUCGGUAAAUUCGGUGCUUUCCAAGUGAAUGACAUAUUGGGAUGGCCAUUGGGCACUACAUUUGAGAUAUAUUAUGACAAUGUUGAAGAAAUAGUGGAGAACAAGAAGAAGAAGCCAAAGAGCAACGAGCUGAAUAAAGUGCCAGUAGGUAAAGUUAGGUUGUACAAGGAGGUUGCCACUGAUGACAAAGCUGAAGAGGAAGUUGAGGAGAUGGAUUCCUCAGCGGUGAUCCCUGUUGAACUCCAGAAUGUGCUCAGCAGCGCCACAAAUCAAGGUCUGAUUAAUAUCGGUAACGAUGUGCAGAAAUUGACCAUGCAUGAUGUUGAGAGAUUCAAGCAGCAAUCAGCGUCUGCGAAUGAGAUUAUCACCAAGAUGAUUGAAUCGCACGGUAGUUUCCACCAAAAGACUAUUUAUUCACAGGAGAAGUACUUAAAGAGGAAGAAACAGAAGUUUGCGAAGUUCUUCACCGUUGAUUACUUGAGUAGCUCAAUGCUGCUGAAGUUUCUGGUGGAGAAAGGUGAUAUUCAAAGGGUCCUUGACCUUUCUGAAGAGUCCCUAGGUAUGAUACUAAACUUGACUAAUAUUAGGUCUGAUGGUACUUACCUAUGUAUGGAUGAAACGGGUGGUUUGAUUGUGUAUACUAUGUUGGAAAGAAUGUUUGGGGGUAAAGAGGACUUGGAUGCGCCUGGUAAGAUUGUGGUAAUAAAUGAGAACGAGCAUCCCAACUUGGAUCUGUUAAAAUUCUCUAACUACUCAGAGAAGUUCAUCGAGAAGCAUGUUGUGACACUGUCCAUAUUAGACUAUUUCCGUCCACCAACCAUGGAAGAAGUUGAAGGUCGUUUUACACCAUUAUCGAAGGAGGAAGUAAACAAACUAAAGAGCGGCAAGAGAAGUGCGUACUCCAGGAAGCUGAAGUGGUAUUACACACAACUGCGUGUGAUUGAAAUGGCUACGAAGCAGCAGUACGAUGGUUUAGUGGUAGCCUCUACGUUACAUCUGCCUUCCCUGGUACCGCGUCUAGCGGAGCGGGUGCACGGUGCUAGACCAAUCGUAUGCUUCAGUCAGUUCAAGGAGACGUUACUUGAGCUAGCGCACACACUGUACAGCGACUUGAGGUACUUGGCCCCCACGAUCCUGGAGACUAGGUGUAGGCCAUACCAAACCGCAAGAGGGAAGCUGCAUCCCUUGAUGACCAUGAGAGGCGGUGGGGGUUACUUGCUAUGGUGUCACAGGGUGAUUCCAGCACCAGAACCUGAGAUCGAGGAGCCCACGGAUGUGAACGCCGAUGAGCAAGAGGAGAAGAAGCAGAAGAUGGAGUAG